GAGCGCGUGUGUUCGCCUUUGAAGUGGCGCCGCGCGCCGCGCGCGUGAGACAGAGUUCUGCGAGGCGAGAGAGCUUCCUCCAGCAGCCCGCCCGCGCGCCUUUGAUGAGCGCCCGCUCGGUGUCCUCCUCGUCUCGCCCCCCCUCCCAGCCGCGCCGCCUUUCGCCCGCCCUCUCUCCCUGGCUGUCAGCCGUCCCUAUCGCGGCGUCUGCGAGCGCUGCGCUGUCGGCUCCAGAAGCAGCGGCGGGCGUUGCAGGAGAAGCCGCAGGAUUAUAGACUCGAGGCUGCUCCUGGGGAAAAGCAAGCGACAGCACAACGUGCCCAGUUGCAUUCCAGGUGGGUGGCCGAAGCAGAGUUGCUGCCGGGGACGAGUGCUGCGUGCGGAGGAAGCAGAUUAAAGGUUCUGUGUGGAAGACUAAGUGUACUGUUCAUUUGAGACUGGACAAGAACUUCUAACUUCUGGCAGCUGAAGAUGGUGUUACUAUGGAAACAGAUGUUUCUGCUAUUCUUUGUUGGCUGCCUUGGAGAUAUUGAAAACUUAAAGACAAAAAUGAGAAGCACUGUGUCUGUACGAGAAGGACAAGGAGUUGUUCUGCUGUGUGGGCCACCACCUCAUUCUGGAGAAUUGUCUUAUGCUUGGAUCUUCAAUGAAUAUCCAUCAUUUGUGCAAGAAGACAGUCGGCGAUUUGUUUCUCAGGAAACUGGGCAUCUCUACAUUGCCAAAGUAGAGCCAUCUGAUGUUGGAAAUUACACUUGUGUUGUGACUAGUACCGUAACAAAUGCCAAAGUUCUUGGCUCACCAACACCUUUAGUGCUCCGGACUGAUGGUAUAAUGGGAGAAUAUGAACCCAAAAUAGAAGUACAGUUUCCUGAAACACUUCCUGCUGCAAAAGGCUCAACUGUAAAGCUGGAAUGUUUUGCCCUUGGAAACCCAGUGCCUCGGAUUAACUGGAGAAGGACUGAUGGAAUGCCAUUUCCAACCAAAGUAAUGCUGAGGAAAUCUAAUGGCAUGAUUGAAAUUCCCAAUUUCCAACAAGAAGAUGCUGGUCUCUAUGAGUGCAUUACUGAAAACUCUAGAGGGAAAAAUAUUGCAAGGGGACGCCUCACGUAUUAUGCAAAACCUCACUGGGUUCAACUGAUAAAAGAUUUUGAGGCUGCAGUGGAGGAUAACUUAUACUGGGAGUGUAGGGCCAGUGGCAAACCCAAACCAUCCUACAGAUGGCUGAAAAAUGGAGAGCCUCUAGCCUUGGAGGGAAGAAUACAAAUUGAAAAUGGGGCUUUGAUUAUAACAAACCUAAACCUGACAGAUUCUGGCAUAUACCAGUGUGUAGCAGAAAACAAACACGGCACAAUAUAUUCCAGUGCUGAUCUCAGAGUUAUAGCUUCUUCUCCAGACUUCUCCAAAAACCCAAUGAAGAAACUGAUACAGCUGCAAAUUGGCAGUACUGCUCAUUUUGAGUGCAAGCCAAAAGCGUCCCCUAAAGCAAUGACCACCUGGAAAAAGGGAGGUGAGCUGCUCCAAGAAAAUGAAAGAAUAUCAUUGUUAAAAGAUGGAGGCCUGCGAAUAGCUAAUGUGAGUAAAUCAGAUGUUGGAAGUUAUACUUGCCUGGCAGAGAACCAGUUUGGAAAAGCUAGCAGCUCAACAAGCUUAUUAGUUACAGAGCCCACCCGGAUUACUCUGGCACCUUCAAACAUGGAUGUUACUAUAGGGGAAAGUGUCAUCUUGCCCUGCCAAGUUCAGCAUGAUCCACUGCUGGACAUCAGCUUCACGUGGUAUUUUAAUAGUGCACUGACUGACUUCAAAAAAGAUGCAUCCCAUUUUGAAAGAGUAGGUGGGAGUGCAUCAGGAGACUUAAUGAUAAGGAAUAUCCAGUUGAAACACAGUGGGAAAUAUGUAUGCAUGGUGAAGACUGAGGUGGACAGUGUAUCAUCUGCGGCAGAUCUGAUAGUGCGAGGCUCACCUGGACCACCUGAACAUGUAAAAGUGGAUGAAAUAACAGAUACCACAGUUCGGCUCUCUUGGUAUGAGGGCUUAGAUAAUCACAGCCCAAUCACUAGUUACACUAUACAGGCCAGGACGCCUUUUUCGGUGGGUUGGCAAAGAGUCACAACAGUUCCUGAUGUCAUUGAUGGGAAAACAUUCACAGCCAGUGCAGUAGACUUAAACCCUUGGGUUGAAUAUGAAUUUCGUGUAGUUGCAAGUAACAAAAUUGGAGGUGGAGAACCUAGUUUACCCUCUGAAAAAGUAAGAACUGAAGAGGCAGUUCCUGAAAUACCACCCUCUGAAGUAAGUGGAGGAGGUGGGAGUAGGUCUGAACUGGUCAUCACAUGGGAUCCUAUUCCUGAAGAAUUACAAAAUGGCGAAGGAUUUGGUUAUGUUGUUGCUUUCCGACCUCUUGGCAUUACAACUUGGAUACAGACUGUCGUUACAUCCCCUGACACACCAAGAUAUGUCUUUAGAAAUGAAAGCAUCUUGCCUUUUUCACCGUAUGAAGUCAAGGUUGGCGUAUAUAAUAAUAAAGGAGAAGGACCAUUUAGCCAAAUUGCCACAGUAUUUUCUGCUGAAGAGGAACCUACCACAGCACCUUCUGGUGUCUCUGCAAACAGCCUCUCAUCUUCUAUAAUUGAAGUGUCCUGGAUCCCCAUUCCUUGGAAAAUGGGUAGUGGGAGACUGCUGGGUUAUGAGGUAAGAUACUGGAAUAAUGGUGGGAAAGAACAGUCUUCAAACAGAGUAAAAGCCACUGGAAAUGAGACUUCAGUAAGAAUAACAGGCUUGAAGAGCAACCUGGUGUACUACACAGCUGUUCGAGCAUACAACAGUGCCGGAGCAGGUCCUUAUAGUGCCACUGUGAAUGCCACCACAAAAAAGACACCACCCAGCCAGCCUCCAGGAAACAUUGUGUGGAACAUUACAGAUUCCAGAUUAGUGCUGAAUUGGGAGCAGGUGCAUGCAAUGGAAAAUGAGUCACAAGUAAUUGGCUAUAAGGUUUUAUACAGGACUAGCAGUCAAAACCAGCUCAGUGCCCUGAUCACAAAUAGAACAUCUGCAGAACUUCUGCUCCCUUUAAAUGAUGACUACAUUGUAGAAGUGAAAGCAGUGACUGAUGGUGGAGAUGGCAUGAGCAGUGAACAGAUUAAAAUCCCUAAACUAGCAAGUAUGGAUGCAAGAGGUUCUGGGGCAGCAAUUUUAGAUAUCUACUGUAUAUCCAGCUUUAUGCCUAUAACACCAUUCUUGAUCUUCAAAGCAGUAUUGUGGUGAUACAUUUUCAGAGAAAUGCCAAGGCCAGCUGAAUUAUUUGCUUGUAAAGGGUUUUUUUUUAAAAAAAACAACAACAAAACUGUUGGUUCUGCAUGGUUUUCCUGCCACUCCAAUUUUAAACACUUUCUAUGACUUUCGCUAUUUCAGUAACAAAUCAAAAAAAUCAUACACAUAUUGAAUUAUUCCUUCUAAAGGAAUAUAAAAUGCCUUAAAAUGUAAUGAACCAAAGGAGUUUACACAUUACAUGCUUCAGAGAUGACAAAAAUAAUAGGACAAGCAUUGCACAAACUUUGAGAGUUCCAUUUCCCAAGCAAUGUGGAAUUUAUUCUGUGCAGUUUGCUACAGGAUCAUUCUAAUAUACACAAAGGUAACAAAAUCAUUUUUCAUGAGAAUCUUUUUAUCUUUUCAAAAAGCCUCACAAUCCUGAACUGGAUUCAGAUAAACUUGCAGACUGGCUUUUUUGUUUAAUGACUCAAUUAGACAUCAGUUGAAGUUGAGGGGGACCUACUUCACUGCACAAUUUAUCUUUUCUCCCCAUUUGCCCCAUCUGCAUGAUUGUCCAUUUGCUUGUGCUCAUUUCCUUAAGUCUUUUUCUUCUUUAUAUUUAUUAACCCAAGAGGCAAGUCUCACAAUCGAUGAGACUCGCCUACAGCAGGUUUGCAGGGAGAGCGGACUUAGCCCCUUCUCCCUGCAGACAACCGGAGGGGAAGCCCUGGGCAUCCGCAUCGGCCGCCCACAUGACUGCCGGCUCCAUCACGGAGCCGGCAGCGGCUUGGGAGUUCGGGGGCUGCGUGGCCCCCGGAAGUUCCAGCUUGCUAUGCGCAAGCGCACAGAGCAUCCUGGAGAGACUCUCGAACUGGGAGGCUGCUUUUUAGCUUCCCAGUCGGGGGGUCUCCUCUUGAGUUGCCGUGCUGCGCAGCCACGCUGCAGCAACACACGAUCCGGAAACCCCGGUUAGCGGAGCUCUCACUCCGCUAACCUGGGAUAAGGGGAGGGCUUCGCAAGCGGGUUACCCGCUUUGAGGCAACCGGGCCUGUGAGCCUGGUAGUUCUCAAGUUCUGCUAAAAUUGGGCUAGGCUCCCCUAGUCCGAUUUUAGCCAAUCAUGAGAAUAGCCUCCAAGUUUUCUUUUAGGAGGGAAGGAAUUCCUCCAGAUGCUGGACUGGUACAGUCUCCUACUUGAAACAAAAUAUGUCUCCUCAGCAUUGUACUUUUAAAUAUUAAGAAGCCCACUAUUUGUUUUCACAUUGGAGCAUUGAAUGACACCUUGAGGCUCUACCCAUGCUCGAUGUGUAGAGCCUGCAGGGCUUAUGCAGGGAAAGCGGGCUUGACCCGCUCUCCCCACACAUGAUCAAACAUUGGACGGCUGGAUCCUGGAUGGUUGGAUAAGCCACCCACACUACCAUCACAUUUGUGGUUGGGGGUCUACUCGUUUGUCACCACAGUGCAGAGGCACACUAUGGUGGCACACAAUCCAUAAAAUGCGAUUAGCAGAGCACUUGCUCCACUAACCUCAUUUUAGGGGAGGGGUUCAUAGGCAGGCUAACCACCGUUGAACCACCAGGCUUGCCCGCAAGCCCGGUGGUUCUCAUGAUGGGGUGGGCCCAGUUUCCUCUCCAUCGUGAGAAUUGCCUCCUUAGCCAUCUGCAUUUCUGUAGGUGUCAUUCUCCUUCUUCUCUCCGUACUCUAUGGCUCUUGUCAGAAGUUUCAGCUUUUCAUCCUUAGACAUACAGCAAGCAGAUCUCCCAGUGUCAGGGUGCCUAUUGCCCUGGAAAUCCUGGUAUUAUGUGGCUUCCAAACUUUAUACUCAGCAAGUGUCUCAAAUCAUUUACCACAGGAGAGCUGUUCUUGGUAGCAUCCACGCAGCAAUUCUGAACAUGUGCACUAGCUCAUAGUCCUGAGCUGGUCUCUUUACUGUUCAACAAAAGCAUCACAACAUCCUAACAUGAUGCAAAGGAGACUCUAGAGGGGGACAGGUGCCCCCCCAACAAAUAGUCCCCCCCUCAAUUCCUCCCAAUUCUCUUUCAGAACUCAAAUAUGUCGGACACAGCUCGCUCACCCAUAAAAGCAUUUUCCCUGUCUUUGCCCCUCUUGAUUUUUUUUCCUGUUGCUGCUGCUGAAGUGACAAAAAUGCUUUUAGGCCCAUGAAUUUACACUUUUCUUAGUAUGCGAAAAGGCUGUAAAAUAUCCUAACUCAGCUCAGUUUUAGCUAUGCCUCAUGCUUUCUUUGUUACUUUCUAUUGCUGUUCCAGCUCUUUAUAUUUGAGACUAUUUUCUAUAUAUCAUACUUAUCUUUAAAAAAAAAAAAAAAAAGCAAAUGAAGUGCCCAGAAUAGAACAUCACAGUUUUAGGUGCAAUGCACCAGAGCCUUAUAGCAGGGAUAUAUUAUCUCCCUAAAUUACAUGUGAUGUGUCUGAAUAUGCAGCCCUAAAUUUGUUGCCCUUCUAUAUAUCAUUUCUAUAUUUUGUGUCUCAUUCAUUGGACUCCUUUGAUUAUUGAUCCUGCUGCAGUUUUUCCAACCCACUCUUUAAAUCUUUUAUUAUAACAGGUCCACUGUUAUUUUCAGAUAUAUGAAUACUUUUCUCCAUGACAUUAACUGGAUUGUUUUAAAUCAAUAUUUUCAUAGCAGUGGUUGUGUAAAAAUAUAUCUUUGGUACAUUUGGUUUUCUGCACUUUCAGUGUUUACACAGACAUGUUUAAUCCCAGAAUUCUAAUUGUAUACUCUCGUGCUUUCUGACUCACAGAGACAAAACAGGUUUCAGCUCUAGAAUAAGUCCUGUGCAAUUCAAAUAUUGCUCUAGAUUUUGUUAUGCAUCCAAAUCUAAAAUGAAAAUUCACUCAUUUUCUAGGUGUCUUGGGAAGAUUUGUACAUAAUGUAUAUAAUAUAAUAAUAUAAAUGGCUACUUGCUCUUCAACAUGGCAAAGUACUGAUGCUUCCAAACAGUUAUAAAUGGGUGGGAACAAACUUUCCUCCUUCGUGUAUUUCAUACUCAUGCAAUGAGAAGUGAAUCUUCCAUUCCUGUUACAAGAAAGUUCUACAUCAUGUUCCUGUACUACCAUUUUCAUGACCAUCCUGUUGAAUUUAAACUUUAAUUCUGUUAUCUCAAUGAGAUGUGUAUGGAGUACUUUGUUUCAUAUUGAAACGUUUCUCAGUUUUUCCUUCAACUUCUAGCUGUGUGUGUAUAUCCUAUGGUUAUCUGUAUGUAGUUUUUUUAUUCUAAUAAAAUAUUUAUAACAUUGAAAAA